CAUUUUUAAAAUAUUUUAAAAGAAAGUGUGAUGAAAUGAUUCUAUUCUUAUAUUUUAGUACUAUUUUUUUUUUCAUUCUAUUUUUUGCUCUUUAAGAAUUGUAUUUACUUGGGAUCACUACAACAGCUCAUUAGUCUUUCUAGCACAGAGACAGUGGGGCCUACAAUAUCUUCCUCAUCUGAAUGCGAGGUUUUCAAAGUUUAGCAUGAGUUCUUCAAACAUUAGCAAUAUCUUACCUUCAAGGAUCCUUCCUGUUUUGAUGUGUUUGGAAGAUGGUAUCCCUUUUUGCACAUAAAAGUGUUUCUUUGAUUUUCAAGCAUUGUCCUAAGUAUCCUUUUUUUUUUUUUUCUUUUCUUUUUCGUGCUUCGAUUUUGAUUCUCUCGAUGUUUCUAAGAUGGACCAAUCUGUUCUGCGACAGUCCCCUAAUGCUCUCAAAGAGAGUUUAGGGUUCAGGCCCCACUGGAUUUUGUUUUUGAGGUUCAAGAUACCCAACCAGGUGAGCAAUUUUUGCUAAUUAUGCAUUUUAGACUUUUGAGAGGCAUUGUGCUUGAGAAUUGGUUGUUUUUUGAAAUUAUUUUCCUCCUUGAGUGUACGGUUUUCUUGAGUUUUAAAGUACCCAUGUGAUGACUGAUUUCUUGAGUGUCUAGAAAUUCUGAAUUUUUCUGGAUAAAUGAAUAAUAACCUUACUAUCACGCAACACGCAUGAUACUCUACGGGGAAUGAAUUGGCCUAUCAAAACAGCCAAAAUAAGGAAAGGAAAAGUAGAACAAAAGCUGCAACAACCUGAUCUGACAGCCACUGAAAGCUUAAUGUGGGAGGUUGUGAAGAGCAUACAUAAUGACAAUUCCAAUUUGUGGACAAUUGAAUGUCAAGGAGCUGGACAAUCUGAGCGAUAAAGAAUUGCACAACUGCAGAAUCAGUUAAAUGAAUGGAUAAUAUUGGUUAAGGAGGAAAAGUUAAGAUAAAGUUUCAUGUAAAUAUUAACAGAAUUCUCUAGUAUUAUCUGAAUUCUAUGCAUUUCCUCUUUAUCCCUCCUUUAUCUUUCAGUUCUAUUUCUUGUUGAUUGAAAUAAUCAAUUUUUCACUUUAUAAGACUCUUGAAUUUUAAUUCCAAAACAGAAUUUAACUCUACUUGCACUUAGUAAAGUAGAAUUUAAUUUAAAGCUGUUACUUGCACCAUAGUCUACUUUUCCACUCUUAAUACUCUUAAGUUUCUAUUCUAAUUGGUUCUAUUCUAUUUAAUAACUGAUCACUUCAAAGUGUUACUUGCUUCACUCCAAAGAAGUGAUCGCUUCGCUUCUUGCUUCAUCGCUUCGCCUUGCCUUUUGCCUUUAACAACACUGAUCUUUGACCUUGGAUGAUUCUCAAAUAUCUUAUCCUAAGAGUUUACAUGAUUCCUAGAGUGGUACUAUAAC